AUGGACAGGCUGAUCAAAUUGGAGCCGUCGAACGUGGCGGCGGUGCGGAUCGAACCGGGCCAAAAAUGCUCCGGCGAGCUCACCCUCCGCAACGUCAUGUACACCAUGCCGGUGGCUUUCCGGAUCCAAGCCCUGAACAAGAAUCGAUACGCCAUCAAGCCCCAAUCCGGCAUAAUCUCGCCUCUCGCGACCCAAUCCGUCGAGAUCACUUACAUCCUCCCUCCAGGAUCCCACAUCCCCGAGACUUUCCCCCACUGCGAGGACUCUUUCCUCCUCCACAGCGUCGUCGUCCCGGGCGCCGCAAUUAAGGACCCGACCUCUGCUCUCGACGCCGUGCCCAACGACUGGUUCACCACCAGGAAGAAGCAGGUGUUCCAGGACAGCGGGUUGAAGAUCAUGUUCGUCGGGUCCCCUGUUCUGGCCCAGCUCGUCAUCGACGGCGCCAUGGACGAGAUCCGGGAGGUUCUCGAGCGGAGCGACCCGAGUUGGAAGGCCGCCGAUUCGGUCGACCCGCACGGCGAGCCGCUGCUCCACAUCGCCAUCUCUCACGGCCGGGCGGACAUCGUUCAGCUGCUUCUGGAGUUCGGGCCGGAUGUGGAAUUCCGGAGCCGGUCCGGGUCGACCCCGCUCGAGGUCGCGGCCGGGUCGGGCGAGGCCUUGAUUGUCGAGCUUUUGCUCGCCCACAGAGCCAGCACGGAGAGAUCCGAAACUUCCUCGUGGGGACCGAUCCACCUCGCGGCCGGGGCGGGACACGUGGAGGUUCUGAGGCUUCUUUUGCUGAAAGGGGCCAGGGUUGACUCGUUGACCAAGGACGGCAGCACGGCCCUCCACAUCGCGGUGGAGCAGCGGCGGCGGGACUGCGCGCGUCUGCUGCUGGGCAGCGGGGCGCGUGGGGACGUGAGGAACGGGAGGGACGGGGACACGCCGCUCCACGUGGCGGCGAGGCUCGGCGACGAGAACAUGGUGAGGCUUUUGCUGCAGAAGGGGGCGAAUAAGGAGAUACGCAACCGGAACGGGCAGGUGUCGUACGACAUCGCGGCGGAGUACGGCCACUCGCGGCUGUUCGACGCGCUGAAAUUGGGGGACAGCUUGUGCGUGGCGGCGCGUAAGGGAGACUCGCGCGCGAUCCAGCGGGUGAUCGAGAGCGGCGCGUUGGUGAACGGCCGGGACCAGCACGGGUGGACGGCGCUCCACCGGGCGGCGUUUAAAGGGAAGAUCGAGGCGGCUCGGACUCUGCUCGAGAGAGGGAUCGACAUCGAUUCGAAGGACGAGGAUGGGUACACGGCUCUGCACUGCGCGGUGGAGGCGGGACACGCGGACGUGAUCGAGCUGCUGGUGAAGAAGAGUGCCGACGUGGAGGCGCGUACGAACAAGGGGGUGAGCGCGUUGCAGAUCGCGGAGUCGUUGCAUUACGUGGGGAUCACGAGAGUGUUGAUCGCCGGCGGAGCGUCGAGGGAAGGGAUGAACCAAGGAGCGGCGGCGCCUCCGACGCACGCGCCGUUCGGGAACGUGUUGAUGGCGGGGAAGGAGGCGGAGAAGCCGAUGAAGAAGCGGCCGGUGAGGGCCAGAGCGAUGCAGAAUAGUAUUGAUCGGUCGGCGGCCCCGCUUGCAGUGUAA